CACUCCGCUCUGCCUCCGCCUCUCUUCUUCUCCCCUCGGCUUCGAGGGUUUUUUCCCCUCUUUUCUUUUUCUUUUUUUCUUUUCUUUUUUUGUUUCGGUUUUUCUCUUUCGUCGUUGGGGCGCUCGUUCCCCUGACCAAACCCUAAUAAUCGUCCCUGACCCGGGACGGGGGGCGGGGCGGGCGAUCGUCGGCAUGCAGCAGCAGCGGAUGAAGCAGGCGGCGGCAGCGGCGGCGCAGCAGCAGCAGCUGAUGCAGCAGGCGCUGCUCAUGCAGCACGUGGCGGCCGCGCAGCAGCAGCCGCCCUUGUUCCCGGCGAUAGAGCCCGUUGUUAGUGGAAAUCUUCCUCCUGGGUUUGAUUCAAGCACAUGCCGCAGCGUGUAUGUUGGCAAUAUCCAUCUUCAAGUGACGGAUACUCUACUGCAGGAGGUCUUCCAAAGUAUUGGUCCAGUAGAAGGGUGCAAGCUCAUCAGAAAAGAAAAGUCAUCCUUUGGUUUCAUUGACUACUAUGACCAUAGAUUUGCUGCACUUGCAAUUGCAUCUCUCAAUGGCAGACAACUGUUUGGUCAGCCAAUAAAAGUCAAUUGGGCAUAUACAAGUACUCAGAGGGAGGAUACAUCAGGUCAUUUUAAUAUUUUUGUUGGGGAUCUUUGCCCAGACGUCACUGAUGCUGCUUUGUUUGCUUUUUUCUCUGGAUACUCCACCUGCUCAGAUGCUAGGGUUAUGUGGGACCAGAAAACAGGUCGAUCCAGAGGGUUUGGUUUUGUUUCUUUCAGGAAUCAGCAGGAUGCCCAGAAUGCAAUAAAUGAGUUGAAUGGUAAGUGGCUUGGCAACCGCCAAAUUCGUUGCAAUUGGGCAACGAAAGGUGCCAAUGCUGGUGAAGAGAAACAAAGUGUGGACUCCAAGGUUGACCUGACAAAUUGCUCAUCAGAAGCUGGAAAAGGGAAUGUAGGUGAAGAUGGUCCCGAAAACAACCCACAGUUUACCACUGUUUAUGUUGGCAAUCUUCCUCAUGACGCCAACAGCAAUGAUGUGCACCGAUUUUUCCAUUCACUUGGGGCUGGCUUAAUUGAGGAGGUCCGUGUAACACGUGAUAAAGGUUUUGGCUUUGUGAGAUACAGCACCCAUGAGGAAGCUGCACUAGCAAUUCGGAUGGGCAAUGGCCAACUUAUUGGCGGGAGGCAGAUAAAGUGCUCCUGGGGAAGCAAGCCAACUCCACCAGGGACAGCAUCUGCGCCCCUGCCUCCUCCGGGGCCAGCUCCAUUUUCCACCGGCUUGUCGGCGAUUGACCUCCUGGCCUACCAGCGCACCCUGGCUCUGAACAAGAUGGCCGCGAGCCCGGCCCUAAUGGGGCAGCACGCCCUGAAGCAGGCCGCGCUGGGGAUGGAUGUCGGAGCUAACCAGGCUAUCUAUGACGGUGGCUUCCAGGGAGUCAACGCUGCCGCCGCGGUGGCAGCCCAGCAGCAGCAGCAGCUGCAGCAGCAGCUCAUGUACUACUAGAGCUUAUGUACCAGCUGCCUACCCCAUCAUGAGCCCCCCCCCCCCCCUAUAAACAUAAGUAGAUGAAUCCUUACCAUGACCUUUUUUUCCCUCUCGAUCUUCAUUACCCAACUAAGUAACUUGCCCUCUAUGCCGGCAAUAUAUAUAACACCGUAGAACACAUGUGUUUCUAGAGACAUGGAAACCAAGUUUGGGUGGCACCCUGUCUUGUCAGAUAAUAUUCUUUGUUUGAAUCAUCUUUUAUUAUGCUAUAUGUUUUCAUCUCUAA